AUGUCUUUGGAGCCCUACUCAGAAAUUAUUCUAGAAUUGGCUAAACAAGGCCUGUCAUCGUCAGAAAUCUCUGCGCGCAUUUCAGUGGAAAGUGGGGGCGGAAGAGGAUUUUCAGCCCGGAAUGUGCGAAAGUACUGUGCUGACAACUGCGUAAACUUGAGGGGGUUGCCCGAGGAACAUCUGGAGUUGGAGGUGGCAAAAGCCAUAGCCGAGACGGGACCAACAUUUGGCAGAAGGAUGAUGAAGGGGUACCUCGCCGUGAAAGGGGUACAUGCUGCAGAGACUCGUAUAGGAUCAGUGCUUAGAACUAUACACCGACCUUACAAUGAAGCAAGACGCCAGGGUGCUCGCAACCUCAACCCCAUACCAUACCAAGCAGACUACAUGGGACAGAAGAUUCAUCUGGACCAGAAUGAAAAGUUGCAAAUGUUUGGGGUUACACAUGUUGUAGCCAUUGACGGCUAUAGCAAAAAGAUUGUUGGUCACUCCACCAUGGCCAUAAAAAAUAACCUUACCAUCUAUGAAGAUGUUUUCAGGCCUGCAAUACUAGCUAAUGGGAUGUGGGACCAGGUUCGCGUGGACCACGGGAAGGAGUUUUAUUUGACGCUCUUCAUUCAGGAGCUGCUGUCACCUCAUCGCUACACUCAAGAGAGAAGACCUUACUUGCAAACUCCAUCCACAAGGAAUCACACAGUUGAACGAAUCUGGCCAGAGAUAAAUAGCCGUGUCAACUACCCCCUGAAGAAAGCCCUUCUGCAGUUGGUGGACCAGGAAUUGCUUGACAUGGAUGACAGUCUUGUCAAAUACUGCGUGUCCUGCCUGACUGGUCAGCUGUGCCAGAUUGGUGUUACAAGAGUGGUGGAGUCUUGGAAUGCUCACCGUAUUCCAGGAAAAGGAACACCAAACGACUUGGCUGGCAGUGGGUGUCCCAAAAAAAUCCCACCGGAGCUGUUGCCUCACUCAGCUGAAGCAACAGAACUUUACAGACAGCAGCUUGGAUCCACCCUAACACCACAAUCUACCUUUGGAGUAGAUCCAUUUUUAAAGGAACAGACCACC